GGGGAGUGGUUAGAAAUCACAGUUAGCUAAUCAGAGGGGCCACGGGCAGCUCAAACAAGUGGCUGGGGGCUUGAUAAAAGGCGAGCACAUGCAGUCUGGCACCGGUUACCUAUGAGAAUAAAACGCUACCUCCAAUUCUUGAUGAGUUUAUUCUCCUCCUACCACUGAGCGGUGAUAAAAGGGAUCUGUAGAACCUCGGAAAUCAAAGGAGUUUCAAUUUUUUGCCGAGUUUAUUUCUAGGUAAGAAAAGUCUAGGAUGACGAUGCUGAAUGUGGACUUGCUAGUUUUAAGUUUCUGCCUUGGUUUGGGGACAGGAUACAGUGCCGUUGCCAAGAGACAAUAUCAGAUCCAAAACGGGCCAUGCAGCUACACCUUUCUGCUGCCUGAGCAGGAGAACUGCCAAAGCAAGACCAACAGCUACAACUACCCAGUUCAAAAGGAUGGACCCACGGACAGCGACGAGUCGGCUCAGAGGCUGGAACAACUGGAGAUCAUCAUGGAGAACAACACACAGUGGCUGCUUAAGCUAGAGAACUACAUACAGGACAGCAUGAAACAAGACAUGGUCCAAAUCCAGCAGACUGCUGUACACAACCACACAGCUACGAUGAUUGAAAUUGGAACAAACCUGCUGAGUCAGACUGUGGAACAAACAAGGAAAUUGACCAAUGUGGAAGCACAGGUAAUUCAUCAUACAACUCGACUCGAGCGCCAGCUUCUCGAGAACUCCUUGUCGACCAACAAUUUGGAAAAACAACUCAUUGUCCAGACAAAUGAAAUCAAUAAGCUGAACGACAAAAACAGCUUCCUGGAGAAAAAGGUGGAGGGCAUGGAGGGGCAGAGGCAGGAGGAGCUGAAGAUGCUUCGAGAAGAGAAGGAGCAGCUGCAGACUCUGAUACUGAGGCAGACCGCCAUCAUAGGCGAGCUGGAGCAGCAGUUGCUCAAAGUCUCGUCCAACAACACCGUCCUGCAGCAUCAGCAGCAGGAGCUGCUGGACAUCGUGAACAACCUCAUCCACACCAUCUCUGCUGGCUCUGCUCGAGAGACCAAAACCGUCAUGAUGCGGGACACCCCUACCACAUUCACGGACUGCGCUGCUGUCCACAAGUCGGGAAACACCCAAAGUGGAGUCUACACGCUCACAUUACCCAACACCACAACAGAGGUUAAGGCUUUCUGUGACAUGGAGACAGAAGGAGGAGGCUGGACAGUCCUACAAAAACGCUUUGACGGCCGUGUUGACUUUCACCGUACGUGGCAAGAGUACAAAAAGGGGUUCGGAGAACCUGCAAGUGAAUUCUGGUUAGGAAAUGAAUUUGUCUCCAGACUGACACAUCAACAGUCAUACAAACUGAGGAUCCAGCUGAGUGACUGGGAAGGAAACUCUGGAUUCUCACAAUAUGAUCAGUUUUCUCUCGACGGUGAAGAACAAAAUUACAGGAUACACCUUAAAGGCUACAGUGGAACAGCAGGCAAAAUAAGCAGCAUCGGGCAGCCAGGAAGUGAUUUCAGUACAAAGGACGCAGACAAUGACAAAUGUGUUUGCAAAUGUUCACAGCUGACAACAGGGGGUUGGUGGUUUGAUGCCUGUGGUCCUUCCAAUUUGAAUGGGAUGUAUUACCAACAAGGCCAAAACUCAAAUCGCUUCAACGGAAUUAAAUGGUACUACUGGAAAGGCUCGGGCUACUCACUUAAGUCCACUACGAUGAUGAUCAGACCGGCAGACUUCACCGGUCCCCUCUGAACUGUCCGGAAACGGUACCCGACAAACGGUGCCCGACAAACAGCAGCAAACAACAAAACCAAAAAUAAAAAUUCUUAAGGUAGCCAAAGCACACAGAGAAAAUAUUUUUACAACUUGAUGCAUGUUUAUGCGUAAAAUAAUUUGAAAUAUAAUGGGUCGUUGCAAAAGAAUUGUGAAAUAUGGACUGUCAAAAUGACACUAACAAAUAUCAAAUAUCACUACUGAAAAUACUGAUGCCUGUGCUGUGUAAAUAUCACUAGGUGUAGUAUUACCUUGAGUUGUAUAACAGCUUGUUAACCAAACAGGAAAUACCAGAGUAAAAUGGGACAUUAAUUAUUCAACUUUCACAAAGGAUUUUAAUAUAGUUUAAGCAGCCAUUUAACUAUGUUCUGAAUUAUAUCGUCCUAUUUAACACCAAGACUAUGGUACAACAUUCAGACAAACAACUGGCUUAAAGUGAUUGUUAUAUGUGCUGGAACAUUUUCUGCUGAAUAACUAAAGUGUAAAUGCAAAUGUAUGGAUGCCACAGAAAAUAGUUCUCUCUUUAUAGUUUUUUCUCCAGAGAAUGUAUGUACAUUUGUUGUUUAAUUUAUAUGUAGAUUUUAUGGUUCAUAUUUAACAUCAUAUGUUAUGAUCAUAUAUGAUAAGACAGAUUUGUUAGAGAUCUAGGUCCUGGCUAGUUAAUGAUUAAAUUGCACAAAAACUAAAGAGGAUUUCUAUUAAUAUAAUUCUGCAGUACCAUCCCACAUGCUCAUACAUGACUAUGAUCUUUUGAGAAAGUUUUUUUUUUAAAUUUAUGUAAUGUGUCUUUUGAAGUUAAAACUAGCAAAAUUUAUGAAAAGUUGUACAAGUGAGGAAGCUGACUUUUUCACCAGUGAACACUGACUAUUGUUAGUGUUUGACUGACUACCAGCUGUUAUAUAUCUGAAGUUGAAUAUUAAACACAAGCACAAGACAGAGAACUUAAGAUAUGAGAAAUAACAAGUCCUUUUCCACAAUAGUCCUAUUCUGCACUAGAAACAAUGAGGAGUCAUGUGAAUAAACAGCUGCCUGAUUGCCACAAACUUUUCUGUAAUGUUUUAUGACUACAAAAUAAAAAAAUCCCAUUAAUGAUGGUUCAGGGUAUAAAUGUUUCUAUAAGUAAAGAUGUAUACACAUACACUGAUCAUCCAUACAUAACAAUAGCUUGUCAUCUGUACUAUGGAUAAAACAGUAAAUGUCUAAUUUUAAACUACAAUACUGAUAUACUACAUGUCAUGACAGUAAACUUAGGGGGAAAUUAAUUUAGGAACUUCUCAUACACAAAAUUAUCAGAUGUACUGUAUAUCAUCAGAUUAAUUUAAAAAUCCUAUUUAUCCAGUAUACAGUAGCCAUAAAGCCAGUAGAACUUUCAUGGGCAGAAAUAAUUGAGUUGAGGGUAAAAUGGCAAAUAUUAAUCUUACUGCAAAGGUCAGGCAUCAUUAUUUGAACAGAGAAACAUAAUAUUAAUGUAACAUACAGGCCUGUCACAAUAACUGCUUUUCGUUGCACGAUAUAUUGUCCCCAAAAUGAUUGCGAUAAACAGUAUUAUCGUCCUUUUAAGACCAUUUUUUUUAUACUUAAUCAUGUGAGCUUGGUCGUUGGUGCAAGUCCUACAUGGAUGUUAUCCAGAGUUUAGACUUGAGUAUAGGCCUCAGGAAAAAACAAAGCAAUCUGAAGAAAAAUACUAAGAAAUCCAUAGUUUCUGACAUUUUAUAGACAAAGAUGAACAGAUGAGAGGACAGAAGCAGACAGACUUUGCUGGACUGUUGAUGACAUUCAUUCUUAUGUCAACACACACAAGUGUAGACAUUAUUAUCGACUUUUCGCGACAGGCCUAGUUACAUACAAAGUGAGAUGAAAAUAUAAGAGAAGAGGAGAUGUGAAAGUAACUACUAAACUAUUAUUUUUAAACAAUGCAACUGAAAUUACUUUUUGUCAUUGACACUGAUAACAGCUGAAGGCAACACCACAGGCACCCCACGGCACAGAGUCAGAAAAAAAAGAGAGAUAUUUGUGGUUUGCCAAUCGCUGGAUGCAUCCAUAGGAGCGAGUGGAGGAAUGGUAAAAGGCCUCGGGCACACAAAGAUAUUUUGUCUGUCACAACAAAAGCCAUCAAAUAAUUUCAAGAGGAAGUGUGCUGACAUUUGUCUGCAUCAAGACCCUGUGUCUCCCCUUACAGUGGCAGGAGAGGACAGUGACUCAUGAAUGACGGGUUCAGGAAGAGGCAGCAACAGCCACAUUUCACACAGGACGCUUCAGGAAAAACAAGCGCACUGAAAAUGGAUGACUGGCAAUAAAAAUUAGCAGGUUUCCGUCUGACUUCCUCUGCUCGAGGUUUAUUAGUUUUGAGUGUGAAAAAGAGUGAUUUAUAUGGAUAGAAUUAUUCAUGUACAGGGAAAAACAUCAUUCAGUUUUUUUCUAUAUGCAAAGAUGUAUGUAAAGAAAAAAUAACUCUUGAGUGAUUGUGAUGUUGUCAAUAAAAGAAAGGAAUUUUUAUGCACCCCUACCUUAAGCUUGGCGUUUGAAACUUAAAAUCAAUAUAUCUUGUAUACGUUUGUUUAAUUGAAAAUAUAAUUGAACCUUGACAGUAAAGGUAUCUGU